AUGGGCACUUGGACCGCACAUUUUAUUCAGCGUAUUUUGGACGCGAGGCGGCGAAAUGGUGCCGGCAAUGCCAAGACCCUCCCCAGUGUGACACAAACGGGUGCUAACCCAGGAACACGAGGCGAAUCCAAAGAGACAGAGCAUGGCGAGGCGAUGCACCGGCGCGAGCUUGGGACAAACCCCACUCCCAAGACGUUGCAGAGCGUUGGAAGGAUGGCGGCAAUGCGCAAUCAAUCCGGGCAACACUAUGAGGCCGUGCUUCUGGCGCAGGAAGCUUUUCUUGGCUCACGCAAAGCCUUUGGAGAGCAGGCGCCUCACACGCUGGAUGCUUUGAGCAACCUGGGCUCCGUGUGGAAGGCCCAGGGCGAGCAUGAGGAGGCGGAGAAGUGCUUUCGAGGUGCUUUCAAGCUCCGUCAUGACAAACUGGGGCCCAAUCAUCCUGAUACCCUCACAAGCCUCAAUAAUUUGGCUUCUGCUCUGGAUAGCCUUGGCAGAGCUGCCGAAGCAGGCAGGCUUUAUCAGGAGUGCUUGGAGCGUCGAUGCAAUACACUUGGAUCUUCUCAUCCUGACACAUUGACCAGCGCUGGCAAUAUGGCCCUCUACUUACGCACGCACGGCCAGCCUGCGAAAGCUCGGGAGCUUUUCGAGCAGGUCUUGGUUGGCCGGCGGAAGAUCUUUGGGGUCAGGCACAUGGAUACCAUCAUCAGUAUGAACAAUUGCGCUUCAGUUGCCAUGGACAAUGCUGAGGAAUGCCGGCGAAAAUGUGAUCCGCGGGAGGAAACGAGACAGCAGCACAAAGCGGAAGCACUUCUGAAGGAGGCCGUUGUGGCCGGCAGCAACUAUCUUGGGACGCGGCAUCCAGUCACGCUGAGAGCCAUGAACAAUUUGGCGGGCCUUCACAAGGAUCGGGGGCAGCUAGACAAAGCCAAGCUGAUGUACGAGAAGGCGGUGGCAGGCCUGCGCGCAGCUCAAGGCGACAAGCAUCUGGACACACUGACAUGCAUCAACAACCUUGGUGGGGUGCUGCGAUCACUUGGAGAGGUUGAUGACGCAGAGGAAUGCUACAAGGAGGCCUCUAUUGGUAUAGUUGAGAAGCUCGGCGACCUUCAUCCCACAAGCCUUUCUACUCUGUACAACUGGGCUUUGACCCUGGAUGAGUUAGGGGACUCUGCCAGCGCGCUGCCUUUGUACCUGCAUGAGCUGGACCAUGGGCCCUUCACGGGGGAGUGUGGCUCCAAAGGGUCCAGAGGUCGGAGCAAGCGGUUUGUUUUCGGAUUCCGGUUCAUUCAGACGAAGAAGGCAAAUCACAGAGCCGGCCUCAGCUCCCACGCCACCCACGCCAUGGCGGAAGCAAAGAUGCUCACCAUCGAGGACCUGAUCUUCGGGCCUUCCAAGGAACGGAAGUCCGAAGAGAAGACGCGAAAGCGGGACGAGUUGGUGAUCAGCUGCCUGCGGAGCCUUGCCAUGGAUGCAGUGCAGCAGGCCAACUCGGGGCACCCUGGGACGCCGAUGGCCAUGGCACCUGUGGCCUACUCCCUGUGGGCGCGAGUGCUGAAUUACGACCCCGAGUGCCCCCACUGGAUGAACCGGGACCGAUUCGUGCUCUCCAUGGGCCAUGCCUCCAUGCUGCUCUAUGGUCUCCUGCAUGUGGCUGGCGUCAAGGAGGUGACGCAGGAUGGCCUUCUCACGGGGAAGAUGGCCGUGGCCCUGGAGGACAUCAAGAGCUUCCGGCAGUUCGGCUCCAAAUGUCCCGGGCACCCAGAGGUCGGCGAGACCGGAGUGGAGAUGACCACAGGCCCCCUGGGCCAGGGGGUUGCAACCAGCGUCGGCAUGGCCAUCGCGUCCAAGUGGCUGGCCUCCAACUUCAACAAGCCGGACUUGCCGCUCUUUGGCUUUGACGUCUUCGCCCUGGCUGGUGAUGGAUGCAUGCAGGAGGGCGUGAGCGGGGAAGCAGCGAGCCUGGCUGGUCAUUUGAAGCUGAACAAUUUGUGCUGGAUUUGGGACAACAAUCAGAUUACCAUUGAAGGCAACACUGCGUGGGCGAUCUCAGAAGAUAUCGCUACGCGUUUUGUGGCCUAUGGUUGGAAUGUGCUUCGCGUGGGGGAUGCAAACGAUGUGGAAGCGCUCACAAGAGCUUUCUUGAGCUUCCGGCGUGAGCAGGACCGGCCCACCUUGAUCGUGGUGGACUCCCACAUCGCGUGGGGUGCCCCCACGAUGCAGGACUCCUUUCAUGCGCACGGCACUCCUUUGGGCGAGAAGGAGGUCGCCGCAACCAAGCACAUCUACAACUGGCCGGAUGAGAAGUUCUUGGUGCCGGAAGAAGUCGUAGGCCACUUCCGGCAGCAGAUGUUGGAGCGUGGCGGUGCGAAGCGGCAGCACUGGGAGCAGAUGCUGGCCACGUACCGCGUGCAGUAUCCCCAGGAGGGCGCCUUGUUGCAGGCCAUGCUGGACGGCCAGCUGCCGCAGGACUGGGAUCGCUUCUGCCAGGCCUUCCCCGCGGACGCCAAGGGCUUGGCCACGCGCCAGUCCUCCAGCGCCUGCUUGAACUCCGUGGCCAAGGGCCUGCCCUGGCUGAUCGGCGGCUCCGCGGACCUCGCCUCCUCCUGCCUCACGACGCUGACCAAAGAGGCGGACUUCUUGCCCCCCGCCAGCCGCUGGGGCCACUUCGGGGGCAGGAACCUGCAUUUUGGCAUCCGGGAGCACGCCAUGGGGUCCAUCAUGAACGGGCUGGCGCUGUGCAAGCUGCGGCCCUUUGGCUCCACCUUCUUGGUCUUCAGCGACUACAUGCGGCCGCCCAUCCGCAUGGCAGCGCUCAUGGAGGUGCCCUCCGUCUUCGUCUUCACGCACGACUCCAUCGGCGUGGGCGAGGACGGGCCGACGCAUCAGCCGGUGGAGCAGCUCUGCUCCCUCCGCAGCAUCCCGGGGCUCUUCGUCUUCCGGCCCUGCGACGCCAAUGAGUGCCUGGAGAUGUGGAAGGCGGUGGUGCCCAUGAAGGACCCCGUGGCCGUGGUCCUCUCUCGGCAGGCGCUGCCCACCUUGGAUCGUGAGAAGUUUGCAUCGGCCAGCGGCCUCCAUCGGGGUGGCUAUGUCCUGGCCGACAGCGAGGGCAUGCCGAACUUGAUCUUGAUGGCCACCGGCAGCGAGGUUCACCUUAUGCUGCAAGCUCACGAAGUGCUGGCCGGGAGGGGCAUCAAGGUGAGGUCUGUGAGCAUGCCCUGCAUGGAGCUCUUCAAAACUCAGCCGCAGGACUACAUCGACUCGGUCCUGCCGAGGGCCUGCCGCGCGCGCGUCUCCCUGGAGGCGGGCCGCAGCGACUCCUGGGGCGCCUUGAUCGGCCUGGACGGCGAGCACGUGGGGAUGAUCUCCUUCGGAGCCUCAGGGCCCGGGAAGAGAGUGCAGGCGGGUUGGCAAGGAAGAGUACGGCUUCACCGUAGAUGCGGUGGUCAUGGCUGCCGCACGAGUGAUGCGUGGCACCCCCCAAGAGAUGUCCUCACGGGCGCAGUCCCUGCUUAGCUGGAAGAAGCGACGACUUUCUUCCUACCACAGAUUGCCUUCCCUGUAGAGACGAGAACUUUUGUGCUAGCCGGAAUCUGAAAUUUGCAUGUUGCAUAUUAGGAAAGGUUAUAGGCAGAGCUCCUUUUGCAAGGCGCUGUAAACUAUCCAUUUGCCUCACCCAGAGAAUUGUUUCUGGGUUUGGGCACUGCCUCUUUCCCUCGACUGGCACUUUUGCAUUGUUCAGGCCAGUCUGUGCGCGAGUAUCUUGUAAAGGAAGCGCUGGA